AUGAUGUGUUCCCUGAAAAGCUCAAUCCUUGCUCUGGUUUUUGUUCAAACCCUGCUAUCCUCUUCCUCUGCAACUUCAGAAACUCUUGACAAAACCUUUAAACAAUGCCUCAAUCAAAAUUCCAAGCUUCAUAUCCCAUUCUCCGAUACAUUUUUCACUCCGGAAAACCCCUCCUUUACUUCUGUUUUAAACUCUACUAUCAUGAACUUCAGGUAUUUGUUACCUUCAGUACAAAAACCUGUCAUUAUUUUCACCCCUUUACAGGAAACCCAUAUUCAAGCAGCUGUAACAUGCUCAAAACAACUCGGAAUUCACCUAAGAAUCCGCAGUGGAGGCCAUGACUAUGAGGGUGUCUCUUAUGCAUCAGAAAUUGACCACCCUUUUAUCAUUAUAGACCUUGCCAAGCUUCGAAACAUCACCAUUGAUAUCGAAGAUGAAACAGCGUGGGUUGAAGCAGGUGCAACAGUUGGUGAAUUCUAUUACAGAAUUUCUGAAAAAAGCAGAGUUCACGGAUUUCCUGCUGGUAUGUAUAACAGUGUAGGCAUGGGAGGACAUAUUACAGGAGGAGCAUACGGAUCUUUGCUAAGAAAGUUCGGUCUUGGUGCUGAUAAUGCUAUAGAUGCCCGUAUAAUAGAUGUGAAUGGUCGGGUUCUUGACAGGAAAUCAAUGGGAGAAGAUCUUUUUUGGGCAAUUCGAGGAGGUGGAGGAGGAAGUUUCGGGAUCAUUAUUGCUUGGAAACUCAAGUUGGUUCGUGUUCCACCUAUCGUGACUUAUCUCAUGAUCAAAAAGACCAUGGAAGAAGAUGAUAUCAAGGUAUUAAAUAAAUGGCAACAUGUAUGUGAUAAAUUUGAUGACAAUCUCUUGAUUAAAGUCACAAUGUCGGCAACAGAUCCUGAUGAAAUAGGCAUAAGAUGUGCAACAAUACAUUACCAAGGGCUGUUCCUUGGAAAAACGAGUAGACUGCUUCAAAUCAUGGGAAGAAAGUUCCCGGAAUUAGGUGUUUCGAGAAAGGAUUGUCUCGAAACCACAUGGAUUGAAUCGACGUUAUAUAUGGGCGGAUAUCCGUACGGAACUUCCCUCGAUAUUUUACUUCAGGCUAAGGCAAAUUUUAGGUCAUACUUCAAAGCAAAGUCUGAUUUUGUCAGAAAACCAAUUCCUGUAACUGCAAUUACAGGGCUUUGGAAAAGGUUGAAACAAGAUAAUGGUGCUGUAAUAAUAUUCACUCCUUAUGGUGGAAUGAUGAACAGAAUUUCAGAUACCGCGAUUCCUUUCCCUCAUAGGAAGGGUACUAUGUACAUGAUCCAGUAUGUAUCAAGUUGGAAAGACGGUAAAAAGAGUGAAAAUUUGCAUAUGAAUUGGGUAAGAAAGCUGUAUAAGUUCAUGAAGCCUUAUGUCAGUAAAAAACCAAGAACUGCAUAUGCAAAUUACAGGGACUUUGAUUUGGGUAUGAAUGAGAAGGGAAAUACAAGCUUUAAGACAGCAAGUUUUUGGGGUUAUAAAUAUUUCAAGGGUAACUUCAAAAGAUUGGUUAAAAUCAAGACUGUAAUUGACCCUGGUAACUUUUUUCGACAUGAACAAAGCAUUCCAGUUCUUGGAAUCGAACCUGGUAACUUUUUUCGACAUGAACAAAGCAUUCCAGUUCUUGGAAUCGAACCUGGUAAUUUUUUCCGCCAUGAACGAAGCAUUCCAGUUCUUGCAGUAUAGACUAUAGAUCAUUUCAUUUGUUUGAAGGUCAUAGUUGUCGAUCUCUCGCCACCUCGACCGAGAAUGCUCAUUUGGUUUUUGACUGAGUAUCAGUGCUAUAUAAAUCCAACUGAAUUGGUAUCCUUAUCUCAUGUUAGAAUAAAAAUAAUUCAACUAUGCAUAUGCUCAUUGCUCAAGAUUAAUUGUGAUUUUGUUGACCUAUCAAAAUCUGUGAAACAAGAUACACUAAACAAAACGAUAAACAGAGAAUGGUAACUCUGUUAUGUGCUACAAUGUUGGUGGUGAUUGAUAAUAUUUGCCACAGUCCAUUUGUUCUGUUU